UUGAUUCUAAAAUCACAUCUCGAUUUGCUCAUAAUGUCAUAACAAGUCGAGUGGUAAACCGGGGACUCAGAUCCAGCGAAGCACACUUUGAAGUUGAACUUCCCAAGACAGCUUUCAUCACAAACUUUACCAUGACUAUAAAUGGUGUAAAAUACACAGCAGAAGUGAAGGAGAAGGCGGCUGCUCAGAAACAGUACCAAGAAGCAAUGUCCCGGGGAGAGACAACGGGUUUAGUAAAAGCAUCAGCAAGGAAAACAGAGAUCUUUACGGUGUCAGUAAAUGUUGCACCAACCAAAAAAGUUCUGUUUGAACUAAUAUACGAAGAAUUGUUGCAACGCAAGUUGGGGAAGUAUGAAAUGGUCAUCAAAGUAAAACCCAUGCAACUUGUCAACCAUUUCCAGAUUGAUGCCCAUAUUUUUGAACCAAAGGGCAUUGCAUUCCUUAACGCGAAUGCAACCUUCUUAACGAACGACUUGGAAAAUGCUUUGGUAAAAAAUAUUACUGGAACAAAGGCACAUGUUUCCUUCAAACCAACCUUGGAUCAACAGCGCAAGUGUCCGAACUGUGGUGAAACAUUAUUGCAUGGAGACUUCAUCUUGCAGUAUGAUGUCAAUAGAGACUUGUCCAGUGGUGAUAUACAGAUUGUGAACGGAUAUUUUGUCCAUCACUUUGCACCCACAAGUCUGCCAACAUUACCCAAGAAUGUCGUCUUUGUGAUAGAUCGGAGUUUCUCAAUGCGUGGCCUCAAGUUUAAACAGAUGAAGGUUGCUCUUUUUAGAAUCUUGGAGGACAUGGACGCAAAUGAUCACUUUACAAUAAUCAUUUUUGACUCCACUGUUGAAACAUGGCGAGCUUCAUUUGUCCAGGCAACGCCAGAAAAUGUACUGCAGGCAAAAAAAUACAUCCGCUACUUACAGCUGGGUGCAGAAACAAAUAUCAACGAUUCUCUGCUUCUUGCUGUAACUCUUCUAGACACAGCUCACAAGCAAAAGCAAUUAUCCGAAAAAAGUGUGUCCAUGAUAAUUCUCUUAACUGAUGGUGAUCCAAAUGUAGGAGAAAAAAAUCCAUCCAAAAUCCAAAUCAAUGUCAAGAAUGCCAUAAAGGAGAGGUAUAGCUUGUACUGCCUUGGUUUCGGUUUUGAUGUUGAUUACAAUUUUCUGGAGAAAAUGGCACUGGCUAAUGGUGGUGUGGCUCGACUUAUCUAUGCUGAUUCAGAUGCAGCGUUACAGCUCCAGGGUUUUUAUGAGGAAGUUGCAAAUCCCUUGCUUUUCGAUGUGGAGCUCCUAUAUCUAGCGAAUGCAAUUUCUGAACUGACAGAGACCACUUUUAGACAGUUUUACGGUGGAUCUGAAAUUGUGGUAGCUGGCAAAAUAUCGGACAACAAUCUGGAUGUAUUCAUGGUGGAAAUUAGAGCACAAACUGCCAAUGGAAAUUUAUCUCUUGAAGGUAACGUCAACAUUUCAGAAACAGAGAGCAUUCUUGAACAUCAGAAAUACAUUUUUGGUGACUUCACUGAGAGAUUGUGGGGUUACUUGACUAUUCAACAGCUCCUGAAACAAAGUGUUUCAGCAGCAUCAGGAGAAAAGACAAUACUUAAAGACAAAGCCUUGGAACUUUCGUUGAAGUACAACUUUGUAACGCCACUCACAUCAAUGGUUGUGACUAAACCAGAGGAGGACCAAGCUGAUAGAAUCCUCAUGGCUGACAAACCCACGGGAAGGGCCAAUCUCCAGACAGUACAGAGUGGAAGGGUCUCAGCUAGACAAAUUGGUCUCAGAGCACCAGCAAUUAAUAUUCCUGGAUCACACUUUAGAAAAACAGGCACAAUCAGACCUAGACGUCCACAAUAUUCACAUUCUUUAGCUGCCCCUCCAGUAAUCGGUGUUGAUGGAGAUCCCCAUUUUAUUAUCCCAUUGCAAAAGCAACACGAUGCUGCCUGUUUCAACUUUGCAGGAAAACCAGGUUUAAUUUUGAACCUUGUCAACGAUCCAUUCACAGAUAUACAAGUAAACGGACAAUUAAUAGGAGAUAAGAAAACAGAAAAUAACCAGAAAAUAACUACCUACUUUGGAAAGUUUGGGCUUGAAAACAGAAAAAUCAACUUGAGGAUAUCAGUAACGACAGAAGUGAUCACCAUAUUUUACAACAAAGACAAGACUAUUAUUCCCUGGUCAACAACAGCGACUGUAAUGAAUGAGAGGUUCACAAUCUCAAUCAUGAAAGAAAGGAAUCUCACACUGGUGAUGGGAGAUGACGCAACAUUUGUCAUCGUGCUGCAUCGCGUCUGGAAAUAUCAUCCUCUACACCGGGACUUCCUGGGAUUUUAUACACUCGACAGCCACAGGCUCUCCAACAUGACCCAUGGAUUACUUGGUCAAUUUUACCAUGGCAUUGAUGCUAAGGUGUAUGACAUUCACUCUGGAUCAGAUCCACAGAAACCCGAGGCCACAAUGAUAGUAAAGGGUCUCAAACUCUCAGUAACAAGAGGGUGGCAGAAAGAUUACCGACUGGAUUCAAGAAUAGGUGCCAAUAUCUCUUGCUGGUUUGUUCACAACAAUGGAAAAGGAUUUAUUGAUGGAACGCACACUGACUACCUUGCUUUCUCUUUAUUUGAUUCAGCAAUGUUAUAACAUCUGACCCAGCUUAUCAAAUAAAAAACUGUGAAAAUA